AGUCAUUUCGUGACGCAGCAGAGCGAGACGUCUUUGUGCAGCGGCUUCGUGCGUGCCCGUUAAACAUGCCGGUGGACGUGAGCCAGUGGAAUGGGCAGCUCUGCCUUACGGACGUGGAAGAGCAACCGGCGCGGGCGCUCGCCGUUAAAUACGGUCCGCUGGAAGUGGACGAGCUGGGGAAGGUUCUCACCCCGACCCAGGUGCAGAACCGACCCACGUCGAUUGAGUGGGAGGGUUGCGACUCCAGUAAGCUGUACACUUUGGCCAUGACCGACCCGGACGCUCCCAGCAGGAAAGACCCCAAGUUCCGGGAAUGGCACCACUUCCUGGUGGUUAAUAUGAAGGGGAACGAUAUCUCCAGUGGAUGCGUCAUGUCCGACUACGUUGGAUCUGGUCCCCCAAAAGGAACUGGCCUUCAUCGCUACGUGUGGCUGGUGUACGAACAGCCGGGCUCCAUCAGCUGCACCGAGCGCGUGCUAACCAACUGCUCCGGCGAGCACCGCGGAAAAUUCAAGAUCCUGAACUUCCGCAAAAAGUACGGCCUGGGCUGCCCCGUGGCCGGCACGUGCUACCAGGCGGAGUGGGACAACUACGUGCCCAGACUGUACGAGCAGCUGAGCGGGAAAUAGACGGGAACGUUUGGCACAGCGGUGUGGCUGAACGCAGCUCAACGGGGUGAGCUCCGCUUCCAAUCUGACCACCAACCACCUGGUCAGAACAGAGCCACAGUGUUUCACCGACCAGUUUCACGCAGACGAUACAUUUGCAUAUUGAUCUCUGCUGUCUCAAAACAAAACUGGUCUUGUCUCUUCUUUCACUGCACCCCCCCCCCCAUUAAUUGCACCAUGAUGUUAAUGUGAUGGAUUUAAUGUAGUAUCUUUAAGGAAUUUUGGGAAAUGGUAUUCCUGAUGAGAAUAUAGCCAGACUUUGCCAAAAUAC